AUGCCAGUACCUAGUACAUUUACCUGGCUGAAAACAUGGUUAUUCCAGCCAGAAUAUUGGAUGGAGACAGAUUCAACGGACAGAUCUAGACGGACUGCAUGCAGACAAAAUGUGAAUAACAGACUUUAUAUAUCUAGUUCUAAAUACAGACAUAUCAUGUGUUCUGUAUCAAUAAAGAAGUCAACUGAACAUGGACCCUGUGCCAGUGGAACAAUUGUAUCAAUAGAAUAUGACUCUGCCUACUGUUUCGUUAGUGACUUUUGGCCUCCGCCUGCCUCCUCAUGGAAAGACAGAUGUCACUCAUGGCCCCAGCCUCAUGUUGUUGAUGAUAUAGUAAAAUAUGGAUGUCACUUUGUAGCAAUUGGACAUAAGCUAGGAAGUCAUGAAGACCAUGAAUGGAGAAUUUCUUUCUCUCUGACAGAACAAAAACUUGUGUAUGCAAUGAAUCGCUGUCAAUUCUUAACCUAUGGCUUACUUACAUUGUUCUUAAAAGAAAUAAUUAACAAUGGAGUAUGUGAUGAUGAUAAAUUACUGUGUUCCUAUCACAUGAAGACAGCAGAUUUCUGGGUGAUUCAACAAAAUACAAUCCCUUAUUGGUGUCCACAAAUUCUCCUUGGGAGUUUCUGGGUCUGUUUUAAACUCAUCCUCAAAUGGGUGUAUGAAGGGGUCUGUCCUAACUUUUUCAUUCCAGGUAACAACAUGUUUCUGAAUAAAAUUCAUGGUGAAGCACAACAUCAAUUAUUUAUUAGACUAUAUGGGUUGUAUGAGAAGGGUUUAGCAUUUCUGCUACACAGUCCCUCCAUUAAGUCUUGUAUUAUAAAUGUCCUACAUAACCCCAGACUCUCCAUCUGUACAGAUGAACAUUCUCUGAUUUCUGAGAUUGAGUUUGAUAGAAACCUAUAUGGUGAAAUACACCGAUAUUACACAGUAUUCAAACUGGACAUACAAGGCUGUAUGAGAUAUCUACAUAAAACAGAACGGAUGAUAGGUUCAUCCCUCCUGACACAGUAUCAAGUCCAAAUGCUACAGAAACUUACAGCUUCUGUCCUUCAGCUAACUGUUUUUAUAUUUCACAUGGAAACUUACAUACAUAAAAACAAACUGAGGUAUAGAGCUGACAAAAUCACCUGUCACAUGCUGAAAUUAGCAGCCAAGUUUGCUUGUAUAACUGACAUGCUGUACAUAGCGAUGUAUUAUUACAAGACACUUAGGUACAUGGAAGCUUUAUCUAUUAUAGAGAUGAUCAAGGUCAAGUUAGCAUCGCAAUAUGUGAUGCAUAGAUCAAAUGUAGAUACAGAGAUGUAUACCGAGGCUUUAGGGGGACAGUCCUGGUCUAAAAAGAUGAGACAGGCUGUAGCAUGGGAUAUCGGACUUGACAUUGAAAUCCAUUACAUCAGUGAAUUGAUACCAGAACAACAGUCUGCUCUACAGAACUACUGCCCUUCAUUAUAUGUCCCACCCUUAAUACUCUUAUACAUGUUAGAGAUCUUGUGCUACAGACAUGUAGACACAAUGAGAGCACAAACAGCUCCAGAUGAUCUACAGACCCUAGUUUACUAUGAUCAGGGACAGCUUAUACCUUUAGAUCUCAGAGACAUAUCGUGGCAGAUUCUGGGGAUCUGUCAACAGGUGACAGGAAACCUCCAGGCUGCUCUAUACUCAUACAAACAAUCUCUCAGGCAAGAACCGUUCCACAAAAUACGCACAGCUAUAGAAAUGAGAAUACACGAAGUGUGUCUACAAAAUCAAUAA